GCGGUGUGUGGGACACCCGCGAUGGGUGAGGUCCUCCAGCGGCCUCCCGGCGACGCUGGCAGGAGCGUUCCGGCACCAAGAUGGCGGCGGUGGCAGAGCUAAGGGCCGCGGGGCGCUGCUGGUUGUGGCUGCUGGUGGGGCUGCAGGCGAUAAGUGCAUAUGGAGCACAGUUGUCAUCAGAAGCUUGCAGAGAACUGGGCUUCUCCAGUAACUUGCUAUGCAGUUCUUGCAACCUUCUUGGACAGUUCAAUCUGAAUCAGUUGGAUCCGUUCUGCAGGCAGUGCUGCCAAGAAGAAGCUCAGUUGGAAACUAGAAAGCUUUAUGCAGGAGCUGUCCUAGAGGUAUGUGGAUGAAAAUUGGGAAGGUUCCCGCAAGUCCAGGCUUUUGUCAGGAGCGAUAAGCCAAAACUCUUCAGGGGACUGCAAAUCAAGUAUGUGCGUGGUUCUGACCCUGUACUAAAGCUGCUGGACGACAGUGGGAACAUUGCAGAGGAACUGAGCAUCCUCAAGUGGAAUACAGAUAGCGUGGAAGAAUUUCUAAGUGAAAAAUUAGAACGCCUAUAAAUCAUUGUUUUCAA